AAGAUGAGCUCCGCAGAGCUGAUGGCAUUGAGAUCCAUUCCCGGAGGGGUCAGCUCCUACCGGGUUCCUGAGCCAGUCUUAACCUGGGCAAAGAAGAUGAGGAGCCGAGCCUGAUGCAUUGUGAUGGCCAUCUGCCCAGAAAUGGCCCAAACGGACAAAAGUGCUCUGGCAAACCUUUCUGAUGAGACUGAGACUUUGAAGAACUUUACUGGUGAGGUACAGACUUCCAGCUCAUUCAGCUCCUCUGGAGGACGGCAGUCCUCGCCCCUGACCUCUGGGAGCAAACUGGAGAGGGAAAAGCAGACUCCAAGCUUGGAACAAGGAGACACACAAUCUGAGCUUUUGGACUACAAAAAUUAUGAAAAGAAGUUGAGUAAAAAAUGGAUGAACUACCUCAAGCGCAAAGACUCUAACUUUGAACGGCAGCAACCAGACACCAAACUUCAAACAGAAAUCGCUUCGGUAUCCGAUGAAGAAUUGAAUGCCCUGCAGUCUUAUUGCACCCUGAAGAUAAAUUUGAUUCAUCGUAGAGGGGAUUCUAAGAAGAAGACGAGCAGCAGACAUAAAAAGCUGCGUCUUGGAUUGGAUGCAGAGGCUUCAGAGAGAGAUGUCUUAAGUGGAACUGUACCCGAUGAACUUUUGAACAGAAUCUACUUUAAAAACAUGAGGACAACGCCAAAACAGGAAGCAGCAGCUAAGCAACACAUAUCUUCUCAGUGUCCCGAUUGUAACAGGAAAAGAGCGGAGCUGGCCCUGUCUGCCUUUCUGAAACAAAAGAAGACUUUACUGGAGUCAUUUCUACUCCAAGAGAAAAUAGAUGAACAUCUUCAUACCAAAGACUUUCUCACCCGUAUUGGAGAAGCACAUCAAGACUUUCCCAGGCUUUCAGAUGACCCUAGAAUAAUCUGGAAAAGACUGACUGAGAAAAGUCAUAUCAGAUAUUCUGGUUUUGAAAGAUCAGAGACAGAGCAGAAGAUGCGGCGAGAUGGAAAUAGUGCUUGUCAUUUACCCUUUUCUCUGCCACUUCUCAAGCGACUUACUCUAAUCAAACCAGAGCUGGUGAUUGUUAAUGCUAAUAUGUAAUGUGGAUAGAUGUCUUUGUUGUGUAUUUGAGUAAUUACCAUAAUUUCUACAGGCACUUGGGAAGCUAACUUAAGACUUUACUAUGCUUCCUUCACAGAUUUGAGGACUAAGAACUUUCACUUUUUUUUCUGUUAUAGAAGGCACUGUUGUAGUUGGAAUAGUUACAGAAACUUUUACAAAAAUCCAAGAGAACUAUGUUGGUAGUUUGGGCCAGGAUGUUGAUGGUACAGAAGCAAAGUAGUAUGGGGAUGUAAGAGAAACUUAAAAAGUAAUAACUGUCUUUGGCGAUCAAAUGGCUAUGGGGAAUUAAUAAAUAGUAGAUGUUUGAAAUGUUA